AUCUCCGUCGUCCCUAUUCUCAUAUCACCUUUUACUUUGUAGAGGAGUAUCUACUAAUUAAUUCAAACAAAUUAAGCGUUCCUAAUGUCGGCCCCCGGUGUUGGUUUUGAAUAUCCUCCCCAGGAGGUCUCCUGGCUCAAGCGUGAUGUUUUACUGUUUGCCAACAGCAUUGGUGCCAAGAACGACGAGCUUCACUUCCUCUAUGAGCUGCAUCCAAACUUCGCCGUUUUCCCGACUUACUCUGUGGUCCUCCCAUUCAAGCACACCGAUCAGGAAACAAUUGAUUUCUAUGCCCGCUCUCAAGCGAUACCCAUUCCCGGUGUUCCAAAAUUCGACUCCCGUCGUGCCGUAGAUGGCCAGCGCAAGCUCACUGUUUUGAAGCCUUUACCGCCCACAAGUGCGGGUAAGAAGUUCGAGUUGCGCAAUAAGGUCAUUGGAAUCUACGAUAAAGGUAAAGCUGGCACGGUUAUUGAGUCAGAGCAGUCUAUCGUAGAUAAAGAGAGCGGCGAAGUAUACACAAAGACCGUGAGCAGCGGUUUCAUGGUCGGGCAGGGCAACUGGGGUGGACCGAAGGGACCGAGCACCGUCAAUUAUCCUCCUCCUCAAGGCAAGAAGCCAGAUGCAGUCCACGUGGUUCAGACGACCGCAGAAACUCCUUUACUCUACCGUCUAAAUGGGGACUAUAAUCCUCUUCAUGCUACCCCCGAGCCCGGUCAGAAGAUGGGAUUUGGGGGUGUCAUUAUCCACGGCCUCUUUAGCUGGAACACUGCUGCUCACGGCAUUUUGAGAGAACUUGGGGGUAGCGAUCCAAAGAACCUGAAAGAAUUCCAGGCACGCUUUGCUUCGCCAGUACUGCCAGGUGAUAAACUCACCACUGAGAUUUGGAGGACAGGAAACAUCGAAGACGGAUUCGAGGAAGUCCGAUUCUUAACUUCAAAUAACAGAGGCAAGGUUGUGCUAAGCAACGGCCGUUGUCUGCUGAAGGUUACCGGUCCGACGAGCAAGCUGUGAUAGGUUGAGCUUUUAGGCGUUGUGCUUUGACUGGUGUUUUCUUAGUUUAUGUUAUGAUAGUUUCGAUGCACUUCUGCUGGCCUUGCAUGUUAUCCAUAUCCUACCUCGGUAAUAUUUGAAGCUUAACCAUCCAGGCCAACGAAGGAUAUUUGAAUUAAAACUUGCCAGAGGGCAUCCUUCCCGCCUCAAUUACCCUUGAGUAAACUGAAUUAGUCAAAUAAAAUUGCAGCCUAAUGCAGUAAUGGGUACUGUUAUCGGGCUUAUAUAUGGUAGUGACCAG